AGCCAACCAAGCUGAUAAGCCUGUUUUGAGAAAAGGACCGUGACAGCCUGCAGGAGCUUCAUAUCGAUUGCUGAGGCCCAUUGUGCGCCCCAGCACCAAGACUGAAACGACUGGAGAGAGAAAAACAAAUAAAUGUAAGACGUUGACGCCCAAUUCAGAUUUGAAAAAAAAGACAUGUUCUCGGUUUCUCGCAACCAGCAGCAAGCAUGAUUGCCAAGGACAUAUAAAUAUGGAAUAACGCGUUGGAUGAAGAUUGUUCUUGAUUAUAUUCCGUUCGCGACGUUUCUUGUGAAAUUUAAGACGAUGUCACUGCUGAGACAGCAAGAAGUAUUUUUUGUGUUUCUCUCCUUGGUCCGAGUAGCGGUCUUCCAAUGCCCGCCAACGUGUCGCUGUUCCGGGACAUCUGCCGACUGCAGCAGUCUGGAGCUGAACGUAAGUACAAUUCCCAUUCGCUUUGCAGCCGACAUCACUAAGAUCAAAUUGAACAACAACAAGCUAUCUUCCAUCCCCAGUGGUCUCUUUGACACUCUGCAAAAUCUGAGGUCGGUUUCACUGGACAGUAACCCAUGGGCCUGCGAUUGUAGCAUUUUGUACCUGAGAUCCUGGCUUCUCAAGCAGGAGGACCGAAGCCAGUAUAAGAACUUAAGGUGUUUCUCGCCAGUGGAGCUCCAGGGAAGGCUGAUCUUAUAUCUAACGGAGGAUGAAGUUGUCUCCACUUGCCAGGAUUGGUAUUGUAACAUGGCCUUCGUGUGCCAGAUCAUGCUCUUCGCCUUCAUUGUCAUUCAGGUCAUUCUUCUGAUUCUAGUAAUAAUGUUUCUGAGAAGAUUUGAAACAUUUUCGAAGGAGGCCGUCCGAGCAACGAAAGAAGACAAUUUUCGGAAUGCGAUGUGAAGACAUCUGUUCACCCGGCCCAGCACUGUCCAAAGUCAGAAGGGGACGUUUGUUUGUCGUGCAUUCUCAACAGCCGAAUUUUCUUUGCUUGACAUUUUGUUAGUGUCAUAAGUACGGCAAUGUUUCUGUUGUAAACAUUCCGGGCUGCGACUAUCAUUUCUCCAGGCGCUUCACCGAUCUCAUUCAGGGGUACUCCAGGAAAUUUCAAGCGUUUGUCUCAUUUUGCCCAGCAUCUUACACAAAUAUACGAUGAAUCCGAGAUUGGUUAGAGAGCCUUUGCACAUUUUGUCUUGGUUAAGAUUCAUUAAUGACGAGAGGGCCGAAAGUUACGAUUUAAUACAGUUAAGAAAAAUAAAAAAUUAAAAUCGAACCCCGUUUGGGGAGGUUAAAUGGAAGCCUGGAUACGUUUAAUGAUACAAACUCGUCAGGAUACUGACAGGCACAUCAAGAUCGCGGUAAUGCACCAGAAAGAAAGACAACCUGUGACGCCUGGCAAAAAAAAUGAACAUCGAGCUGGAGCCAGCAUUGAAGCAAUGAAAAUCUUUGAUAAAGCAGGAAAAAUAUUCCUAACGAAGGAGGUUGGCUAUCUGUUAAUGUCCCUCAAACCGUUGAAACAUUUCGAGUGUUGUUUACAACAUGGUUGGUAAAGUUAAUAUUCUGAAAUGUACAUUGUAAUCUUGUAUAGCGAUUGCUUUCUGUUUUGCUAUUUAACCCAGAAAAAGCUCUGCUACUGUAGCACUGAAAUCAAUAUAUUAAUGUUUUUCCUAAAGUAGAUUCUGUUGAGCAAUGCCAAAUACCGGCCAUUUCACAGCAGCUAUAUCAUUGGAAUUAUUAAUGGGAAAAAUGCGAUAGCAACAAUUGUAGCGUGAGAAAAUUAAUUAAAGUACCUUUUGAUGUU